AACUAAUGACUGCUAAGGACUUGUUGAUAGGGAGGAUCUGUUGAUCUGGGGUAUACAGACUGAAGCGAGUGUCCACCACUUAUUAGAUGCUUUUUUGUAUGUGACUGUGGGAAAGUGAAUUGCGCUUUGCAUCAGUUGCGUAAAGCCCGCACUCUUUACGCGCGCUUUGCCAAACGCUCUAUGAGAUUCCACUGGGUCGAGCAGUGCGCCGAUCGCCGGGGGGUUUAAGUUUAUAUAUUUGUAUGCAGCCAGUCACACAACGCAGACGUCAUCCUCACAGGAUUCAGAUCAGCUUUGGUUAUGUUUUUCCUUUUUUCCUCCUCUUUUUUCUUCUCACCGCCUCCCGUCGCGCCCACCCGCCUGUGUUGUGAUUGUGGACUACGGAGAAGAAAAAAUGUGUUUUUGAGAACGUAAUCCGGCAAAUCGGCAGGUGCUGAGUGCAGCCUCGCAUUCAUUUCAGGAUACUGCAUCCAUUUAUAAUCACACGAUUGCGAAUUUCUUUGCAUCUCUGCAAAUGUGUGGCUGUUGAUCAGGCGCUGCACUUGUCCCCGUCGCGGGGAUCGCCUCCUGCAAACUUGGACUUCGUUUCGCCCGAGCUGCUGUGCCUUCACUCGGGCGGUGAUCCUCAAAGGAGGCGCCCGUGUUUGCCUGAUUGCUGGCGGCGCACAUACACACACGGGCGUCCCCGCUGCUAUUGACUCAAAACAGCGACUUCUGAGAGAGCAACCUCGUCUGGUAGAAAGAGGAGAACACGGAGGGUGAAAAGAGGGGAAGAGUGUGCAUGUGCUGCGAGGACGCUGCAGCCGGUGUUGGACAUUUAAAGGAGGCGAUGCAACUGAACAUGCAACAGACAAUGAACAAAAACAUCACUUUGCAGGUAUGAAAAAACCUCUGAAUUCUCGCCCCGCGUGAGUUCGGCGUUUAGCUCUCCACCCGGACCAUGAUCAAUGAUACAUGUUUGGAAUUACGCAUGAAGUGAUUUCAUUUUUUUUCCCCCCAUCAUGUCCAAGAAUUUUUCGAGUGACGAUGACCGCUCUUUUACCAUCACAAUGAUCAUGUAGUGUUUGGACAGAACAGACGGCCAACUCAUAGAAAUACAUCUGACAUUUUGACAUCACGGAACGGACCACUUAAGCCGCCACCAUGGGACUGUGACCCGGGCUGCCAGGCAUUGAGAGGCGGCUGUUUGUAUAGUCUGUGCUCCGUGUCCAGACUGGACCUGAGCAGUUGUGACAUUUUGAGCCAUGGCUGCUGCUAUCGCGAGUGGACUGAUCAGACAGAAGAGGCAGGCACGGGAGCAGCAUUUAGACCGGCCCUCCACCAACAGACGGAGGAAGAGCCCCAACAAGAACAAGGGGCUCUGCAAUGGGAACCUGGUCGACAUCUUCUCUAAAGUGCGCAUCUUUGGCCUCAGGAAGCGGAGACUACGGAGACAAGAUCCCCAGCUCAAGGGUAUAGUGACCAGGUUAUAUUGCAGGCAGGGAUACUACUUGCAAAUGAAUCCCGAUGGCUCUCUUGAUGGGACCAAGGAUGACAGCAGUAAUUCCUCUUUGUUCAACCUUAUUCCUGUGGGCCUCAGAGUUGUCGCCAUUCAGUCCGUGAAGACAGGGUUAUACAUUGCGAUGAACGGGGAAGGCCACUUGUACACAUCAGAACUCUUUACAGCGGAGUGCAAGUUCAAGGAGUCUGUGUUCGAGAACUACUAUGUGAUCUAUUCAUCCAUGUUGUACAGACAACAGGAGUCGGGGAGAGCUUGGUUCCUAGGGCUCAAUAAAGAGGGCCAAGCCAUGAAGGGGAACCGAGUGAAAAAAACAAAACCAGCUGCUCACUUCCUGCCCAAGCCAUUAGAAGUUGCCAUGUACAGAGAGCCAUCAUUGCAUGAUGUUGGAGAGACAGUGCCCAAGGCGGCAGUACCUCCCAGUAAAAGCACAAGUGAGCCAGCGGUGAUGAAUGGAGGUAAACCUGUAAGCAAGCCUGACAAGCCCACCACAUAGCCACACCUGAGUGGUUCCCUCUGUGUGUGUGUGUGUGUAGUGGUGGUGGGGAAGAGGGUGUGACAGAGGCAGGGUUUUUCCCCCGACCAGACUCCAGAUCCUCUUUUCCUCUGCGGAUCAGAUCCAGGCGAACCUUCCUCACUUUCUUCUAUUGCUCCUCAUCUUCCCUCUCCGCCUUGUCCACCUUCUCUUCAGCUGUCUCAGCAUGAGCGGAUGGAUUCUGAGGUGACCGAGCUUCUCCAGCACUGGAGGGGAGAGAACCUCUGAUCAUAGAAUGCCUUUAGAUUCCUCGGAGACUGUGAGACUUCAUGUGACUAGCGCGUGUUUCACAACCACGCUCGUGGUACUUUGCUUGCUGACAGUUCAACCAAGAUCCCUUUCCCCUUCUCUAUAAUGUCCUGUUGGAGCAGAGUGUGUGUACCUUCAGAUCUAUUUUCUAUACCACAGUUCACCAGCUAUGUUCUGGGACAGAGACUGUAUAGAUAGAGUAAAUAUUUGGACUGUCGUCCUCUAUUUUUUACAAGUAUGUUCCCCUCCCUCUCUUUCUAUCUCUAGUCACACUCUUUUCUCUUUGUCAAGUAACAUAGAAAAGAUAAAAACAUUUUGCAAGGGAGUUGUGUGAUUUUCUAUGAAACACAUUCACAAAGAUAUGACAUUAAAAACAAACAUACGUACAAGGAAAGAACCGAUCCAAAUUUCUUCUCGCCUACAACAUGCACACACACAUAAAGUUUGUGGGGAAAAGCAGAGAUGUUACUUAUUUCUUUUUUUUUUUUUUUUUUUUUUUUUACAGCUGAUAAAUACACACUGGAGGCUUGCAGAUAGCUCCUGCAAUCACAGUCGACGAAGUGCAAAUUACCACCGCAAUCAAUGCUAGGAGCUCCUGACACACACACACACACACACAUACAGACACAUACGCACACAUUUUUAAACAGAUGUGCGUGUGGGUGGGAGGGCGCUGGAAGGAAUGGUGUCUACAUAUCACUAUCUAAGUCCCACCAGCGCUUCUGUCCGCCUUCUCUGGUAAAUAGAAAACCUGAAGUCUAUUUUUCUUUAAUCUUAUUUCAGAGCGUGGGCUCUACGAAUAUCUCUAGGCCUUGUAGGCCUCUGUCCCUCACUCACUGACUUCUUUGGACAACAAGGCAGGGCUUGUGGCUUUGACCCAGAUGGUCUAUAACUGCAGCACUGGCAGCCAUCUUGUGACAGCGUCUACUUAAAGCCAGAAAACAACAUGGCUGAAAAACCAGUAGGCGACAUUUAUAUACUGGCUGCAUCCCUAUUUGGUUCAGCAAACUAAAGCAUGGGCAAAGUUAAUAUUGUGUUCACUCUUCUUGCAGCAGUUAUACAAGAGAUGGCUUAUAUUGUAACAUUUUCACUGUAUAAAACUUAGGGAAAAUGACUAUUAAAAAAUCAUAACUUUUUAAAUGACUAGAUAUUAUUAUAAUAAUGAUUAUUAUGAGAGGAUCCGUCUCCUAGCUCAGCAUGCAGAGUCCAGUAAUGAUCAUCUUGGCCUGUCACGUGCCUGUUUGGACCUUGAUUCCCGGCAUGCAAAAACAGGUUCCCAGUCCCCACUGGGCCAAAGGUGCCUCACCCACCCCAUACAUCCAUGUAGAGGAUAAAUCCACGUAGCAUUAUCCAUUAAAGAAAACCACACUCACAUGUACUCGCUCAUGAAAUGACCAAAGUCUUUUUUUCAUCCCAAGAAGAACUGAACUCUUUAAAAAGGAAAAAAUCGGACUCUUUCUCUAUCUCUGAUUCAAUUCAUUAAAGCUUUCACUGUGAUAGCAUUUGUUCUGUCCGACAGAAUCAACUCUGCUCAGGCCUGCGAAGGUCUCGACUGAUGUCAAGUACGUAUACCUUGAAUUAAUCACGUGCAUGCAUUUUCUGUAAGGAACAAGGUAUGGGUAUCGUUCUUCACACUGUAUAAGCUGAUCGAGCACUGAAGUUCAGUGUGGGAGUUGAAUGGGCAUGUUGUAGGCUGCGGCACACUCACACCUAAUCUGGAGGUUAGCCCACUACUGCACUUUCUGUUUUGCAUUUUCAUCAUGACUGUUAGCGGUUUAUCAAAACUCUGUCUGAUCAAUCACUUUAUGAUGUUUGACCGUCUCGUUUUGUUAGAUAAGAUUUAGAAUAUGAAGUAGAUUGUUGCUGCUGUAUGCUGCUAAAACUACAACUAUAUUAAAAUUGGAUUUGAUAAAUAUGAUUACUUUUUUUUUGGGUUUUGUUUUUUCGGUGAUUACACAUGGCCAUUUCUUAUUACAGUACAUCAAAGCACAUCAGUUAGAUGUCAAUACUUGUCUGUAUAAAGCUGUUAAUGUUACAAUAAAAAUGGCAAACUGUAGACGCUCAACACACACAGCGGCUGGAAACCAUUGUAGUUGUAUUUGAGGCUGAUGGUCUGUCCUCAUUAUACAGCCAGUCAUCCUCCACUCGUAUCAAACUCUACAUGCUGGGCUGGCUGCUGCUCCAGCCCCGCAGUCCGGUUAAAUGGCUCCUCCAAGGCUGACUUUAUUUUUGUAAAUGAACAGUGUGUAAAUGUACUUCUCUGUUUGGAUGUCUGUAGUCAGGUUUUUGGGUUGUUUUUUUUUCUUUUUUUUCUCUGGUAUACGGGUCGCGUGUGAUGUCGUCUCCUGAUCUCGAUCAUUUUUGCUUUGUCCCCCCCCCGUCAUUAGAAGCAAACUUAGUUUCUUUAUUGCUUCAGUUUCCGACCUCUUUCUUUGUACGUUGUCCCAUCUGUUGCAUGGGGAAAGGAUGGCAUCGAUGAACUGCAUGUAGUAGGCUAUGUCUAUCAAGAACUGUUGGUAUGUACUGCUAAUUUUACAUACAUAUAUGCAACGAGUUUGUCUACACUAUACAGUUUGUGUUUGUUGUAUACACAUAUACAACAUAUUGAAUAAAAAUAUUUAUAUAAAGGUGUACUGUAAUGUCAGUAACAUACUUAAUGCAAUAUAGUGUGCAGUAUAUUAUUGCACCUGUCGAUUUUGAUGGGACAAAGAAAAACCGAGGGGGUUGGCUAGUUUAAGCAUGAAAAAGGCCAAAGUAGAAUUUACAUAAAAUUUCCGUUGUGACUUCUUAUCGGCCCUGUUUUCAAGUGGUUACAGAGCUCUUGUGUCAAUGCAGCUCUUAUCCCCUGAUGCCACCUUAUGAAGUGACAUGGACAUCCAGCAUGCCACAAGUUAACUAUGUAUGCCCUUCUCUUUCUUUCCUCCACUUAUCACUAGUAUGAGUUGAGUGAGAAAUGUCCAUUAAGUACCUUCAGUACAUGUGGGUUUCACGGCUGAUUGUCUGGUUUGAUUUCCUGGUGGAGAAGAAUCGGCACUAUUAAAACUGUUUAUUUUCAAGAAAAAAAAAUAAAAAAUAUAUAUAUAUAUAGAUAUAUACCAUUGCAAGUAUGCCCAUUGGAGUUAUGUCAUGUUAUAACAAAUUUGUAACCAUGUAUGAUUAAGGUCUUCGCAUUGUUUUCCAUGCAAAAUGUUGUGUCAUGCGGCACAUUUAAUGUUUUAAUAUUAAAAUGAAAUAAAAAUCUAAAACAGUAA